AUGUUCUACAAUGCAUGCGGAGAGCGCACGAGGAUGUUCAUGGACACAGCAGCUGGAGGCUCCCUACUCAAGAAGGGGAGCGCAGAAGCGAUGGAGAUCAUAGAAAGUAUGGCAGCUACCAGCUAUCAAUGGCCGUCCGAGAGGGUGCAGCUGAAGAAAGUUGCUGCAGCAUCCAGCUCAGAUCCCCUGACGAUGAUCUCGACUCAGCUGGCAGAGCUGAGCUCAAAAAUUUCAGCAAUGUCUAUGGGAAAUCCUGAACCAGCUGUGGAGGAUCUGACAGGCGUAGAAGACGCCAACUUCAUUCAUGGGAGGAACUUCGGGAAUUUCCAGUGUGGGCAGCAGAGUGGCUACAAUAGAGGACAACAAUAUCAGCAAGGAGGUCGCUCACACCCGAAUUUGUCAUAUGGGAAUCCCAAUAAUGCAAUUCAACCUCCACCAGGCUUCUCGGUUACCAACGGAGUGAUAAAUGAAGAGAAGAAGCCGAAUCUUGAGGAGUUGCUAAUGAAGUUCGUGGCCAAGUCCGAUGAGAGGAUGGAAAAGUUGGAGUCCAAUGCUGCAGCUGUGGGGACCCAGAUGAAGAUGUUCGAGACCCAAUUGGGUCAACUGGCCAAUGCUUUUACAAAUCUACACCAACAAGGUCAGUUUCCGAGCAAUACAAUUGUUAAUCCCAAGGAGCAUUGCAAGGCAAUCAAUUUGAGAAGUGGGACUACUUAUGAGGGACCCAAGAUGCCUGAGGACGAGAUCGUGUCGCCGGUUGAUGAGAAAGAAGCUGAGGAGGUCACCGUUGAGCGACAUCAGAAAGAGAAGGUGAAACAGCAGUUCUCCAAGUUUUUGGAGAUCUUCAAGAAGUUGCACAUCAAUCUUCCAUUGGUGGAGGCGUUGCAGGAGAUGCCACAAUAUGCAAAAUUCUUGAAAGACAUCAUCUCGAGAAAUAAGCGGCUGGGAGAGUUUGAGACGGUGAAUCUCAAUGAGGAGUGCAGUGCGAUCUUGCAGAAGAAGCUCCCAACAAAGCUUAAAGAUCCUGGCAGCUUCACUAUUUCCUGCAUCAUUGGAGGCCAGCAGUUUGGGAAGACGCUUUGCGAUUUGGGGGCAAGCAUUAAUCUCAUGCCCUUAUCUAUUUUCCAGCGGUUGGCUAUUGGAGAGAUGAAGCCGACGUCGAUCGCGUUGCAGAUGGCAGAUAGGUCGGUGACGUAUCCACGGGGGAUAGUGGAAGACGUGUUGGUGAAGGUCAAUGAGUUCAUAUUCCCAGCUGACUUUGUGGUGUUGGAUUUUGAGGAGGACAAGACCAUCCCGUUGAUCCUAGGGAGACCGUUCUUGGCCACAGGAAGAGCCUUGAUAGAUGUGGCUAAUGGGAGCUCACUUUGA